AUGUGGCUCUAUCGAGGUGCCCAGUCUGCGGUCUUCUACUAUGCCACUUGCACCCCCUGUGCCGAAGGAAACGAUCGUCGGAAACGUAGAAAGGAUGCUGCACGAGUGCAACGUGAGAAAGAGAAGGAGAAAUUCGAGGAAAUCGUCACCGAUCAACCCCGUCCAUUUCCGCAACCAACGCCCUUCAGCACAAAUGUAGGCUGGCGAGAAGAAAUCGCCUUAGGUCCUGGACCUCCUGCCCGCCGAGGUGGUCGCAAUUUCCACCGAACGGACAGUUUCAAUACAGAUCAAGGCUCCCAGCUGAAGAAAGACAAGAGUGGUGGAUUGAUGCAUCCACUCGGCGAGAAGUGGAAGUCCAUGAGGUACCAACGUGAAGAUGAGCCUUUAUGGGGACAACAAGAAGUUCGUGGCUCGUCUAUUGGGUUCUCUGGACGUGGUCUUGCAGACCCGAACGAAACUUCAAAGUACUAUAUCCCCCGUGUGCCUCCCGUGAACGAUCUCCACCCGCCUAUUGUCAGUGGACCAUGCAGCCGUGCAGACACAAGAUGGAUGCUUCAGCCGCCUCCCAGUGCUAGAGUGAUGUCUGGCAAGGAGGAUUUCAACAAGCCUACUCGUGAUAGCGUGGGUGGAUCCGGUGCCGAGUAUCUAUCUCGGGUUACCAAGAACAUGACCCGGGAACGUGAGCCUGAACGAUUCAACAAUGAGACAGGCGACGAAACAUCAGAUGAACCUAAUCAAGACCAUCUCCCUCGCCGGCCAUCUUUGACUCGACUUCGGAUUUCAAAUGAGGAAUUCGAUCCAACAUUACACUCUCGAGCCGACUCCACGUUCUCCGACACCAACACCGAUGACCAGUCUCCAAGUUUUUCAUGGAAAUAUCCCGAAACUCCAGGUUCACGACCUCAAUCGAACCAAACGGAUGAUAGCCACAUCUACCGUCCACAGAUCUCAAAAACUCUGUCCACAAUGCAACGCGACAACAAGAAAGUCCAUUUGCUACACCUGGAGAUCAACGACGACCACCGAGAUGAUUUCGCCGUGGGUCAAUUCCAGCCCAUUCGGCCAUGGCGUUGGAGCAUGGACAUUUGA